AUGAAGGCCUCGACUUCCCUCCUCACAGGUCUUGCCGGCCUUGUGGCCAUUGUCUCGGCGGCCCCGGCGCCCAUGCCAACACCGCCAGGCAUCCCUACAGCAUCUACGGCCAAGACCCAGCUGGCGGCUCUCACAGUCGCCACGCAGACGGACGACGGGAACUAUGAGAGGGACCUGUUCCCCACGUGGGACACGAUAGAGGGCACCUGCAACACUCGCGAGUAUGUCCUGAAGCGUGACGGCACCAACGUCGUCGUCAGCUCGGCCUGCACUGCUACGUCUGGGUCGUGGUUCAGCCCAUACGACGGUGCGACCUGGACGGCAGCUAGCGACGUAGACAUCGACCACAUGGUCCCGCUGAAGAAUGCCUGGAUCUCUGGGGCCAACGCCUGGACCACUGCCCAGCGUGAGGCUUUUGCCAACGAUGUGACCCGGCCUCAGCUCUGGGCCGUAACGGACAAUGUGAACCAGGCCAAGGGUGACAAGAACCCCGCCAAUUGGAAGCCGCCGCUGUCCACCUUCUACUGUGUCUACGCGAGGAGCUGGGUUCAGGUCAAGUACUACUACAAAUUGACGAUUAGCAGCGCAGAGAAGACGGCUCUGACGAGUAUGCUUAACACCUGCUGA